AACUGUAAUGUAAUGUAAUGUAAUUAUUUAAUAAAUCCCCUCAAAUGUAUAUCGCUGUAUCCAUGAGAUACAACCUAUGGAUACAACUAAAGCUUUUGAAGAUAAUAUUUCCGACAGCACUUGAAUGCAGCAAAGGUUUAUUCAGUGUUUUGUCACGUUACCGGGAAAUUACCAGUUUUUCCCGGGAAUCUUUCCAAAGAAAUGCUUCAUGUCGGGAAAGAUUUAAUCUUUAUGGCAGUAAAUUGAUAAACUACUGAUAGAAUAAUUAUCAAAAAGUUAUUCUGCGUAGUUAUAAAUAUAACUUUCACAUACAGAAAGAAAUGUUUUAAAAAUAUGGCUGUGAUUUCUUUAUCUGUAUGACAUAACAUAAUCUAUCAAAAAAAUAGGUUUCAGACCUGUUCUGAUAAAACCAAGCAUAUGUGUGUCUGCAGUACUUGAGGCUGAACUCAGUCUGUACGUCCCCCAUCCUGACGUCAGCUGGAUGUGGGAUCUUUCCUCCCCAUCCCAGCCUCAGACUGACGCAUUCACAUAUCAGCUCUUCAGCAGCAACUUGAGGCUCAGGUAUAUGCACCUGAACACACACACAUCCACACAUGAACACCAGUCAACAUGCUGCCUGAGACUCUCCUGCAGCAGUGAUGCCUGCCUUCAGCCCCCCCGCCCCUCUCCUCUGUGUGCUGCUGUGUGUGUCGGUGGCUCUCCAGCGCUCUGACCUGCGACUGGCUUAUGUGACCCACAACAGCUUUUUCUACUACUCCUGCAGCCAGGAUCCACAACCCUGCAGCGUCUCAUCCCUUACAGACUGCAGAUGCAAGGACAUCCAGCUUUCCACGCUGCAUCGCCCCCAGUCGCACUCGUCUCCCGUUUUCCGAAUGAGACGUUUAACUGUUUGGUUCACGUCGCCGUUGAACACGGCACGUCUGCUCAACAACUCGGAGGUGAGGCACCUCACGCUGAUCCACUGUGGCCCUGGAGGAUCCAGAGAGACACCUUCUUCUUCCCUGGAGGGACAUUUUGCUGUGCAGCACCUGGAGAGGCUGACGGUGGUGAACCUGGCGCAGAGGCUGGUUCACCAAUGUCCAGAUGCAAACAGAUUCAAGAACACAGACUCAAACAGUGACUCCAACAGAGAUAAUGGUGCGCUCCUCGACACAAAUAGAUUCCACAGGGAUAAAGACACAAACCUGGACAUGGUUGGGGACAUGUUUAGAGAUUCCUUGGCUUUGUCCUCUCCCCGGAUCCAAGACAUCUUCCUGGGCAGGGAGCUGGGAGCAGCGUUUCACGAACAGGCCAGACUGGGGAUCAUCCAAAGCUCGGUGCUGGAGUGGGGAGCAGAGGCCAAAGCCUACACAGUUCAGACACACAUAGACAACGACGGCGUGCUGCCCUUCCCCGACCUUCACCUGCCAAAAUUACCUGAGACAUCUGUCAUAUUUGUCAGCUUUGUGUAUUGAUACCAAGUUACUUUUUGAGGAGUGCAGGUUAGAACAACGAGAGGAAGAUGAUCUUUUGUCCACUGUCCUGCACGGCAGUGGUCGUAUUACAGAAACUUCUUAAUUCUUAAGAUAAGAUAGUAAGAGUCGAAGAUAAGAUUUAAGUGUUGGUAACAUUUCGUUGUGUGAAAGCAAUAAAAGAGAAGCCGUGUGGAUUAAACUAGUUGGGGGGGAAAGUGGAAGUUCAGACAGUUUAACAGUUAUAGCAAAGUUAUCUUAAGUUACGAUAGGAACAUUGACUAAGGAACUGUUUAUCUGUAAUAGCUUUUUUAUCAGGUCCUAAUCACUAUGGUUACUGAACAGAUAAGAGAAGAUCUGCAAGUUACAGCCCGACGGAUGCACAUUUUUGGAUUAAGUUUAAGAAUGUUGGUUCUUUUUUGUCGCAGGCCUACGCCUCUGAUUUACAUGGAUAACUGGGUAACUCCAAAGUAGCCUCAGACCAUCCACAGCUGUUUGUCAGCAUGUUAGAAGCAAAAUAUGUCAACUCAUGAGAGACCCUCGGAGGGACCAGAAUAUCCUGCCAACCCCCUCCAGCGGACGUGUCCUUGGCCUCUAAAUGUUAAGAGUUGAUGGUUUUAUCCCCAAAUGAGAGGAAAGUGGUGGUCGGGUGUCUUUGUUAACCAGUUGAGCAUUUAUUCACCCUUUUUUCCCCUCUCUACCACAAAGACAAAUGUGAGCUUCCUUCAUGAAGUGUAUCCAAGUUCUGAUCCAGUUGCUGAAUUGACACUGAAUAUAAAGCUGCUGGCUGUUUUCAGUGUUUCACAAGGCCACGCUUGUCAAAUGUGAAAAACAGAAGAGCUUACUUGUAGGCCAAAAUGUCAUCCCUAAAGGGAGGACAUUGAGCUUAUAUGGACUGCGGUGCAGCAUGAAUCCCUCCCAGCUAUGCUUUGGCAUUUCUACAGCUGACCUCUGACCUCUGACCUCUGGUCCCUAUGUAAAGGCAAGCAGAGACUUUUUCCUCUGGGAUCAAUGAAGUUGGAUUUGAAACGCAUGUUUUCUUCCAUGAUUUACCACAAGAUGGCAGCAGAUACAUUUGAGUCAAAGGAAUGAACUAACUGAAGUGUUAAGGAAAGACUGAGCUGACUGAAAGCAGGAGGAACAUUUUAUUUUUUCUUUAUUUAAGUCUCUUACUCUUAUAACAUCUUAUAAACAUUAAAUUCAACAAAUGUGUCAUGACGCAUAUCAGCACUUUAAAAGAGCUUGUGAGGAAUGUUAUUUGUUCGGAUAGAGGUACAUUGUUAAGCGUUAAUAAAGUAUGGCAUGAUAUUGAUUUGUUUACGAAAGUAAAAUGAUCAAUGUCAUUACGUGCAUUUGUUUACAACAAAAACUGAAAUAAAUUAUUUACUCAUGACUUGUGAAUUAAACAUA